AUGGAGGCCCCGGCGUUUAAGCAGGAGUUUGUUCAGGCUUCCCAUUAUUCAACCACUCAGAUUUCCCAAUGGCUCAAAUACAUUAGGCUUCCUCAAUCGCUGUCUCAGUACAUACAAUGCCCUACCGAGAUUCCCAAAACGGCCGAAUGCUUGUGCAUUCUGAUGAGAUGCCAACUUACCACAUAUCCAUACGAGAACCUCUCAGUGCACUACUCUUCUACUCAUCUUGUCAAUAUCCACCCAGACGUGCUCUAUGAGAAGAUGAUGGGCCCCAAUAGUGGCCGCCGCGGCGGCUACUGUAUGGAGUUAAGCAUCUUCUUCUACCACAUGUUACGUGGGUUGGGGUUUAACGUCUUCAUGACUGGGGUCCGAAACAGGAGCCGAACAGGUGGCAUUCCGGGUGGACAAUACCUCGGCUGGACUCAUAUUGUGAACAUUGUUCAUCUUCCAUCGCACGAGAAAUAUUCUCUGGAUGUUGCAUUCGGGGGGGAUGGGCCGACUAGUCCACUUCCAUUGGAUGAUGAGUGCAAAGUGGUACAGAACCUUGGACCACAGCAAGUUUGCCUCGUGCACGAAAACAUUCCUAUGCAACAGCCCAAUAGUCCAAAGUUUUGGAUCUACCAAUACCGCAACGGAGCGGAUAGAGAAUGGAACUCCUUUUACAGCUUCACUGAAAUAGAGUUCUUUCAGGAGGACUUUGAAGUGAUGAACUGGUUUGCCAGCUCGAAAACCAUUCAUAGGUGGAUGGUAAUGGUAGUACGCUUUCUCAGGGAAGGAGAGAGCCUCCUGUUUGAAGAUAAGACACCAAAAAGUUCGACUGAAGUGAAGAUUAUUGGGAAAGUCAUACUUGUCAACAAUGUCGUUAAAGCCAAUAUGGGUGGGAAAUCACAAACCAUUUGUGUGUUGGGGUCAGAGGCUGCACGACUACAAGCGUUACGAGAUUAUUUUGGCAUUGAUCUGACGAGUGAGCAACGGGAAAGCAUCCAUGGGUGGGAUAUGGCUCUGGAGCAAUAG